GUGAUUGCGUAUCUUUCAGGCGAGAGGCCGAAGCUUCACGAAAGCGCGGUAAAUCCGGGUAGGGGUUGAGGGUUGUGGCUGGCUAGGGACGACAGGUUAAAGUUUGAAAGAUGCUUUCCUACUUGAAGUCGUUUCCUACCCAUAUGGACUACAAGGGACAACAACUAGCAGAGCAGACUUUCCAACGGAUCAUUGUUGCAUCUGCUAUUAUUGGCUUCAUUUAUGGUUACAUAAUUGAACAAUUUGGAUGGACUGUUUACAUUGUUCUGGCAGGUUUUGCUAUUUCAUGCUUGCUAACCCUCCCUCCAUGGCCUAUGUAUCGCAACCAUCCACUGAAUUGGCAACCAGAGAUGCAGACUGAGGAGAAGAAGCCAACUGAGUGUGUCAAAAAGCCAAAAAAGCAUAAAUAACGUCUAAUUACUGUGUACAGCCAUACGUCCUGAUUUUUAUUUCAUGACUUAAUAAAUAUUGCUGAAUGAGAA